AUGGGACUACACAUUGAUCUUAUCGCAGCCUGGAUCUGCACCGCAAUCGGCUGUUCAAUAGUCAGCAUCCUGGUUACUUGGUUAGUAACACGCUGGUAUACUCAGCGGCAUUCCCUGUCUCGACUUGAGGCCCCGGACUCCGUAUUUGAAGCACCCGGCUUGAAUCUGUGGAACCCACAGCCAAAGAGUUUCCAAGUGCCGGAGUAUCAGAUCAUGACCAGCUCUACAGUCUCCUACCUUAUCAAGCGCAUCAACUACCUGAACUUCUACAUCGCUCAGUUCGCGCAACAAUGCAGAUGUAAUGCUCGAAGCUCAUACGUGCAAAGCCUCCUGUGUCGACUUUUGAUUACGAACGUCAUGCUUGAGGGCUCACCACAAUGGACACUUCUUUCCCCAGAAUCUAUUCAAAUCGCGCAAAUUACAAAACGCCGGAGUUCGCCUGACGCUUUCAAGCACUGGGCCAAAGAAAAAGCAAGGGUUUACCGUUUCCACACCUUAUGGCCUGAUUAUCGCGAAUGCGACAACGUUCUGCUAGAUCUUCGACAGGAACCGCCGAAUAUAGAAGCGAUACAACGGCUCGAAGAAUUCAUUGUGGAGUUGCUGGACCACUGGAUUAAAUUCGAUGAUUCCAACGAUACAUUCAAAACGACGUUGAGAACAUGCUCCCUGCUUGCUACCAGAAUCGGUAUGGCUAUACACAAAGAUUUGAGGCCUUGGGCUUGGAGUUUUGAGAAUGGCGGGAUGGUACAAGGACCGUUAGGGCAAAUGGAUGAUACUCGGGGUGAAUUGCAAGCUGUUACCACACAGGCUAAGUUGCCAGAGGCGGCUGAAAAUGCUCCAUCGGCAAGGCACAAGAUUCCAGAGAAUGUGUGCAUCACAGAAGAUCAGAUUGUUAUCUGUCCAGCUUUGUUGGCUGAGGGAGAUGAGUCAGGUCAAUACUACCCAGUCCCAAGCAUAGCUUUCUCUGCUAUUGUGAUCUGA